UCUUGAACCCAGGGCCUUCACACAGAGCCACAUCCCCCGUCAUUUCUCUUUUGAGAGUUUUUUUCUUUUGAGAUAGUUUUAUUAACUGUAGUAUGGGUCGCUCCACCAGCCGCCGCCCCCACCCCGACUUUGGCAGACAGCCCCUCUAUCACACCCCGCCUCCGCUGGCCAGGUUGUGAAAUCCUUCCCUGGCUGAAUCCUUGACUCAGAAUGCCGCUGCAGACACAGAAGCGUCCAGAGAGGAGACCUACGAGAAAGGCCCAAGAGCCGCUGGCUCUAGAACCCGGCAGUCACGUGGCCUUGGGCAGGCGUCCCGUCCCAAAUACUGGGCGUCUCGGUGUGGUAAGCGAAAGCCCGACCUGCUCUCCUGCCGGAGCUGAUAGCUCACUUCCCUUAGUGCUGUCCCAUCUGCAGGAAGACUGGAUCCCAGGGACAGGAUGCUGCUUCUCAAAUGGCUGCGGCUGCGGAAGCCUCUGGGACUCCAUCACGCGUUCUGCUUAAGACCUAGCAAAGAGAGCUCAUCUCCUCGGCUUUCAGGGCGCCACUGGUGGGGACCUUUGGGGUUGCCUUCCCUUCGUGGCGUGCUAUGGAGUUUCCAGAACACAGCCAACAGCUGCUGCAGAGCCUCCGGGAGCAGCGGUCCCAGGGCUUCCUCUGUGACUGCACGGUGAUGGUGGGCAGCGCCCAGUUCCUGGCCCACCGGGCCGUGCUGGCCUCCUGUAGCCCCUUCUUCCAGCUGUUCUACAAGGAGCGGGAGCUGGACAAGCGGGAUGUGGUGUGUAUUCACAACGAGAUCGUCACGGCCCCCGCCUUUGGGCUGCUGCUGGACUUCAUGUACGCCGGCCAGCUGGCCCUGCGCGGCGACACCCCUCUGGAGGACGUGCUGGCGGCUGCCAGCUACCUUCACAUGAAUGACAUAGUCAAGGUGUGUAAACAGAGGCUGCAAGCCCGGGCCCUGGCAGAGGCCGACAGCACCAAGAAGGAAGAGGACACCAGCGCACAGCCUCCCGGCUUGGAGUUGCUGUCCAGCACCUCCCAGGGGCCUCAGCCGUCACUGGUGUCCUCUGAGACGUCCGGCCCGUGGGGCAAAGCGGAAUGGAAGAGCCCAGCCGCCCCCUUACCUGCUGUGUGUCCUGCAGAGGAGCCACCUGGGCCUGGUGGUGCAGACACCACACAGCCCGGCAUGGAGGUAGACGCCUCACACCUACGGGCAGGGCCCCCACCCGGAGCGGAUAGCUGUGUGUCUCUGGCCAGCCCCAGUAGCUCCACAGAGGUCCUGCCUGCAAACUACUUCCCUUCUGGCCUCCCUGCAGUUUCCGUGGAGCCCCUGACUCCCCUUGGUGCAGGUCCUGAGAGCCUGCGGGUGGUGGAGCCCCAGGAUCCUGGGGGACCACUGCAGAGCUUCUACCCUGCAGCUCCAGCCCCAGCUCCGGUGGAGGCCGAGCUGGUCCAGGUGAAAGUGGAAGCGAUCGUGAUCUCAGAUGAGGAGACGGAUGUGACUGAGGAGCAGCCUCAGGGUCCAGAGAAUCUGUUCCCAGCUGCAGGGGCCCUGUUCAGAGGACAGCCCACCCAGCCCGCGCAGCCUGCGCAGCCCCCCCAGCCCCCCGAGCCUCAGGCUUUCGAGGGGCCUGGCAGCGCCGGCCUGGAGGAGGUGGGGCCCGGUGAGCACUUCCUGGCUGCUGAUGCGCACUUGCCCUACCACCUCCUGCCAGGGUCCGGGCAGUACCCUCGAGGACUGCUGACCUCGCCCCUGCCGACACCCCUAGCCCUGCAGGAGCCACUGUACCCAUCCUCCGAGUAUGAAGCAGCUCCAGGAGGUUUUGGGGUUUUCACUGAGGACGUUCCUACCUGCAAGACUUGUGGUAAGACCUUCUCGUGCUCCUACACGCUCCGACGACACGCCACUGUCCACACGCGGGAGCGGCCCUAUGAAUGCCGCUACUGCCUGCGCAGCUACACCCAGUCCGGGGACCUGUACCGCCACAUCCGCAAAGCGCACAACGAGGACCUGGCCAAGCGCAGCAGAACCGAUCCGGAGGCUGGCUCUGUUCUGGGAGUGCAGCCCCGCCCUGGCUCUCCCACGGCAGAUAGACAGAGCAGUGGUGGGGGAGGGGCACCCAAAGAAUUUCUACUUGGCCCUAAAAACUGAUCUGUAGGUGCAGGAGCUGUUCCUAGGCCUGCUUUUCUUUGCCUUUCUUGCCUUAGAUGGCAGCGCAGAGGUGGGAGGCAUCUCGUCUUUCCGUUUUUGUUGUUUUUACGACAGGGUCUCACUAUGCAGUUCAGGCUGGCCUUGAACUCAACUGUGUAGCCCAGGCUG